AUGGUACAAAAUAGUUUGAUCUUAUCUGCUAUUGCUCUGUUGGGCUUGUCUCACAUGAUGCUUGGUGGUGUUGAAGCUGCCCCUUCCGUCGAUGCUGCUCGUCAAUUGUUUGGCAAGGUCUACAAUUCUCACCGCCUUUAUAAUAGCAAUGUGCUCGUUGAAGAAGGUGCUGACAAGAACGCUACAGCUGCUGGCAACUCUUCUUGCCCUGUUGAGAUCAACAACAGCACUCUGGAUGCUUUUAACCAUUUCCAAGGCAUCUUCUUUGGUGAUUAUGCCAACAACUUUAACGGUUCUAACAUUGAAGGCCCUUUGGCUGUCGGUGGUGAUUUCACUGGCUACAACUUUGUUAUCAACUCUCUCGCCAACGCCUCCAUCUGCGAGAAUAGCAACGCUACUUCCAUUGACGCAAAGAACGCCACUGCUGCCAACAUAUUUGAAAACUAUGGUAUGGUUCUUGGUGGUGUCCCUACUGCUCAAAAUGUCUCUGCUAAUGGCAACGUGUUCAUUGCCAAUGGUACUAACGUCGGUAUCACUACAACGAGUGCUCCUUGUCAACUUGAGUUCAACAACAAGACGGGUGCACUGAACUUUGACUUGCUCAAGACAACCGCUAACAAUGCCUCUGCUUACUUGGCUAGCAUCCCUCCCAACAUGGUCUUGGACAAAGAAGGUCAUUUGAAGCCAACUGAUGUUAAGAAUCAGACCUCUUUCACCACCUUCAAGUUUGAUUCUUGUGCUCAAACUGGUAAAUGUGGUGUUGAAGGUGAACAAGCAUCUGAUCCUACCAAGGUCUUCUUUGGUAAUGGUAACUGGACUGGCCCUGAAGGUAAUGAGACCUACCCUACAGAUAAACCUGUAGUCUUCAACAUUCCUGUUACGGCUGGUACUACUUUGGUUCUCAACUCUACCGACCCUGGUGCUAAUCUCACUGCUUGCAACACCAUCUACCACGCAUAUCCCGUUGACGCAGAAGGUCAAUUCCAAGCUAACGGUACCUUUUCUGUAAAUCGUGAAACCGAAAAGCGUCUCCCUGGUCUCUUCCUGGCUCCUCGUGGCACUAUUAUGGAUGGCCAUAAAGGUGGUUUCGAAGGCCAAGUCAUCGCCUUGGGCUACACUUGGAGUGCUGAAGAUGGUCCUGUCUUGAAGUCAUCUGAAUGUCCUGAUAGAGAGUGUUUCCCUUUCAAGGUACUCAAUGAGGCCUCCAGCGAUAACUCUACUACUACCACCACUACCACUACUACCAAGCUUCCUACUAUCAUCCCUAUCCCUACAAACGCUGUAUCCGCCGCUUCAUCUGCUGCCUCAUCUGCUGCUUCUGAGGCUUCAUCUUCUGUUAUUUCAACAGCACUUGAAAGCGCUGCCUCAUCAGCUUCAUCAGCCUCAUCUGUCGCAACCGCUGCUUCAUCCGCUGCUUCAUCUGCUGCUUCAUCAGCCUCUGAGUCAGCUUCUUCUGCCAUUUCCACAGCUAUUGACACCGCCACGGCAUCCGCUGCCUCCUCUGCUUCGGCUUCUCUUGAAUCUGCCUGGUCAACUGCUCUUGAGUCAGCGACUGCCUCGGCUGCUUCAUCUGCUCUUGAAUCAGCUUCAUCUAACAUGCCCACUGCCAUUGGAACAGCCGCUUCAUCCGCUGCUUCCUCUGCUGCUUCAUCUGUUUAUGAAUCAGCAGAAGUUACCAGCUCUGAAGAACCUACUGCUACCGCUACUGACGCUUCAUCUGAUACUUUCUCCGUUUAUGAAUCUACUGAAGCAAGUUCUACUGAAGCAAGCACUACCGAAGUAACCUCUGAGGCUACUUCCACCGAAGAGCCAACUGCUAUUGAGACCGCAUCUUCCUCUAGCGCUUCAUUUGAAGAAAGCGCCACCUCUGAAUCAGCUCAGACUACCUCUACUGAUGAUGUCUCUGCCUCCAUUGAAACAGCUGCUUCCUCCGCUGCCUCAUCCGCUGCCUCAUCUGUCUAUGAAUCUGCUCAAGCUACCAGCACCGAUGUCGUUCCUCCGGUUGUUGUACCUACUGCCACAGAUGCUGCUAGCUCUGAUGUUCCUACUGGUGAAGCUUCUGCCACUGGCGAUUCUUCUGAAACAACUAUCGCUCUUGGCUCUACUGGUGCUUCCUCUGCUGAAGCUACUUCCACCGUUGAGCAAACAGACACUGUUGUCGUUGUCCCCACUGCUACAGCUGAUGAAAGCUCAUCCUUAGAGGGCUCAGCUGCUGCCUCCUCUUCUGAUGUAGCUACCACUUCCUACGAGGAGACAUCUCUUGCCUCAAGCACUGAGACAUCUACUGCCUCUAUUGAGCCUUCUGCUUCUGAUGUUGAGUCCUCUUCUUUCGAACAGACAGAGACUGAAACCGCUACAGCUACUGAGACUAUCCCUGUUGUCACAGGUACUUCUGAACCCACCUCUAGCAAGGCCACUUCUUCUGCCGACAAAACUACCACCUCUACCAAGACAAAGUCUACCAGCAAGACCUCUUCCAAGGAUUCCGAUGCUACCACAUCCAGCAAGAACACCAAGACAACCACAUCCGAUGGUGAUAAAAAGACUGCCUCUAGCACUACUACCAAGAAGGAUAGCACAAAAACCAAGGAUGCCGCCACCACCACCAAGAAGGAUAAAACUAAGACUUCUUCCUCUGAAGAGCCUACUAUCACUUCUACCAAGCAGUCAAAGUCCAAGGAUUAUGAAGUGUCUACCAUUACAAAGACCAAGAUUAAGACCAAGACCAACAAGCAUGAUGAAGUCAAGACCAAGACCAAGACCAAGGUCAAGACCACUACCAUUUGGAACAAUGAUGAUGACGAAGAUGACGACGAUGACAAUGAAGAUGAUGAGUAA